AUGGAUCUUCCUUCCCUGGAAGAUGUUAAGGGCGAUCAGCUUUUCAAACUUGCCCAAGAUCUCUACGCUAAAGAUGAUUACGUCAAGGCCUUGGAGGUAAUUGAAGAUUUGUCUUUCGUUCAAGGGAAGGACAAGGGUAUUGUGGCUUACCUGCAAGGUACUAUCUUCAACGACCUAGCGAAGAAUACAGAGAACACCGAUUUGAAAUUCAUAUACUUUCUGGGUUCUGUAGAAACCUUUUCCCCAUAUCGUGGGUUCUCAGCGCUUGCGGCAAUGUCGCUUUUUGAAUUGGCCCAACAGAUUGAAUCGGUAUUGUAUUACAAGGAAUCACUGGGCAAGGCUAAACAGAGUUCACAAGUAAACUUAGAGUAUGUGGAAUAUAUAAUCAAAACUGCAGAGUCAAGGAUUGCUGAAUCCAAGAAUGCAUCUGAUUUCGUCAAGGAGUCAAAGAACUGCGAACAAGAAGUUAAGAAGACGAAGGAAAAUGAAGAGACGAGGAAGAGUGAAUCUGACUUCGUUAAAGGGCUGAGGUCAUACUGGUCGGGUUUGAAUGUUGAGAAAAGAAGGAACUUUAUGAAAGUAAGCAUUGCGGAUUUUACAAGUUAUGUGAAGAGAUUAUAUGGCGCAGAGGGACGAGAUGCUUUGGAGAAAGCUCUCACUUCCGCUAGGAAAGGCCAAAAAUGGAGGUUUUGGGUAUGUCGAUCUUGUUCACAAGAGUUCUCUAGUGCUGAAGAAUGCAAGAAUCAUUUUGAACAAGAACAUGACGCAGGAUUUCAAACUCAUGUAACAAAGGAUAUAGCCCAGAUGAUAAGUAAAGCCUGUGCAUGGGGUAGUAAGAUAUCUAAUGGAAGUUGGGAACCAGUAGAUGCAGUAGCUGCCAUUGAAAUGAUUAGAAAUCACCUCGGAGAUGUGAAAGCGUUUGCAUGUGAGAAUGGAUGGUCCAAAGGCUGGCCUUUAGCUGCUGAUGAAGAGCGGAGUAAGUUACUCAAGGAAAUCAGAUCUCUCCUUGUGUCGAUUUGGGACAGCAAGGUUCUUUCUUGUGGCCUUCAGGACUGGGUGAUGGAUUUAGUGGUUAGCCAACUUGAAAAGCUUGAAGUUUCCAGAGAUUCUCUUACCGCUUGUCGCCUAAUGGAAACACCUCAGAGUAUCUGCUUUUUGGAAUGCCGUGAACUCCAUCAAAUCCUGGAAUUGCUCAAGAAAAUCAAGUGUGAAAGGGAGGAUGGUACUGAUCUGGUUCGCAGAGCAGUGGACAGUUUCUGCAAUAGUACUCGAGUUAAAGAAAAGAUCGAUUUUGACACUCAGUUUUCAUUUCUGCUUCUGGAUAAGAGACUACUAAGAGGCAAGAUUGAUCGGUUCGAUGAUGAUGGGACAAUCAGUUUCUUAAAUCCCACUGCUUACUAUGCCGAGGGACAUGCUCGUGGCAACGAUAUCUCAUCCUGGUUAGCUGACCACUCUUUAGGAGACGAGAGAUUUCGAUUUCCCAGACCAAUCAGGGCACACAAUCUUGAUAUUUGGUUGGCUGUUCUGAGAGCUGUUCAGUUCACGUGUAAGGCUUUUGGAACCAAAUAUUCAAAGAAAUGCACUCUCGAACAUUUUAACAAAGUUCUUAUUGACGCCAAGAACUUGUGUAUAUGCGAAGAUGAAAGGAGAAGAAAUAUUCCGAAAGAUCAGUGGAACUUGUAUGCAUCUCUUCUAUGCGAUAAAUGUGAAAAGAAGCGUUUAACGACAGACCCCAAAGAUUCUUUCAUGACAAAACUGUACUUUACUGCAGUACGAGAUAUUCUCAAAGGAGUUUCGCAUCCGAUAUUCGAUCUCCCUGAUUUAGAAGAUUGUCUGAAUGUUAUACGUGGGUGUAAAAAUGUCCGUGAUGAAUUAGUGCUGAAGUCCAUAGACCACUUGAAAUCAUUGGUGACCAAAAAGGUUCCUCUAAUUGCUUCAAAGGUUUUACUGAUUGAAAACUCAAUGGUUAAUUUGCUGAACUACCUCACCAGACUUUCUGUUUUUGACUACCGCUCUUAUAUCCUUGGACCGAUGAAAGAAUUCUUGCUGGAAGAGUUAGCUGCAGCACAAGCGGAUCUUUUAUCCGAGAGAAAACAAGAAAAAGAGAAGAAUUCAGGGUCAAAGAAGAAGAAAAGCAGAAACAAAAAGAGAACUUCAACGAGCACGUCUGGAAUUCUUGAUCAGAAUGUGGAACAUGAAUCUUCUGUCAACCUUGACCUGGGUGUUACUUCUCCAUCACUUAAAAAGGCAGAAGAAGAUUCGAUGGAACACGUUUCAUCGAUCACUGACAAUCAAGAGGAUGCUGCUAUAGUUAUGCAAAACAUGCCUGGAGAAGAUUCAUUGUCGAAACAUUCGGAGCCAGCACAUGGAGAAGGUCCAUCCAGAUACUGUUCAGCUCUUGACAUGACGCUUAAGAGCCUUUGUAACAUUAAGGUUCUUAAAGACUAUUUGGUGCAAAAUCGUAGUCAAUUUUUUGACAACCUGGAAGGACAAGAGGGAAUCCACAGUUGCCUCCUGAGCGAGUUACUUACUACCCUAGCAGAAGUUCAUUCCAUGUCAAGUGAUGUUGCUGAACUACUCGUAGCCAUCCUUGAAUCUUGGCAUUGCUGGAAAAGUCCAGCAAGAGAAAGCUUGGUAACCCGUCUUUUUACGCUGGAAGAAUAUGAAAGAAUAAAUUGUAGCAGAUGCAGAAAGGAACCAAAUUAUCCAGAGCAAAGUUCUUAUGGUGUUGUUAUGGCUGCAGAUUCAAUCAGAGACCUGAAGCGUGCUUUUGGGGAUAUAAAGUUUGAGGACAUCCUUAAGAUGAUCCGCUUGGAAGAAAAAAUGUUAUGUGACAUUAAAACUGGAGGCUGUGGAAAAGCAAACUUUGUUCAUCACGUUAUAAGUGCAUGCCCGCCUAUCUUCACAAUCGUAUUGCAAUGGGAGAAGAAUGAAACUGAAGAAGAACAAUCUGAAACAAUAUUGGCUUUGGAUUGGGAGAUAGAUAUCAGCAGGCUUUACGAAGGCUUAGAACCAAACACAAAGUACCGGCUUGUGUCAAUGAAUAUGGAAAUGCAGAUUGGUUGUGAUGAAGAAGAAGAAUACAUCUGCCUAGCUUAUAAAAAGAAUCGGUGGGUCAGUUUCAGGCAUGAGGCUUUAGCAAAAGAGGUUGUUGGUAAAUGGAAUAGUGUGGUCGUGUUCUGCGGGAAAAGGAAGGUUCGGCCAGAGUUUUUGUUUUAUGAAGCUAACAAGUGA